AUGGACAAUUGGCUCAAAACGGGACGAUUAUUAUCAUUAGAGAAGACCGGUUUAACAUCUACAAGUAAUAGCAGUACUUCGUCUAUUCCAUCGGAAAACUCGACUUCCCACUGUAAAGCAGCUCCUCCCCAAAAACUAACUGUCGAAAAUGAAGCAUCUCCAAGUAAGGAAUACACUCAAAUUAAUUUUUCAAAAGGUAAAAAAAGACGAUAUGAUGAAGAAUAUUUAUCGUUUAGAUUUAUUCCCAUUGGAAUAGACACAUUUCCCGAUGUGAGGUGCAUAGUUUGUGAAAAAAUUUUCAAUAAUAGUUCUUUGGUUCCUGCGAAGCUUAGGCGACAUUUGGAAUCUAAUCAUCCAAAUCUAAAAGGGAAAGAUCUGGAAUUUUUUAGAAUGAAGAAAGAUAUUUCAGAUGAAAGUACGAGUUCUCUCGAUUUCAACGAUUUCUGA